AUGUCUACAGUACAUGCGCUACAGUACCAGCCUCCUAUUUCUUCUUCUCCCUCGCGAGAGAAACCAGAUUUUUCUGGUUUUCUCUCUCUCCACCGCGCAUAUUCAAUUUCAAUUGGAGAUUUCGUCGCCGUCCGGUGUCCGAUUUCAGUGAAAUUGGUUACAAAAGUUUCGUAUCGAUGCCCUUUACCUAACCCAGCCCAUUUCCCAGCUCAAAAACCCAAGGAUUCGCAGCUGGAACGACUGGAAGUGUCGGCGAUUUUCGAAGUUUCCGACGUCGUUUCCGGCGACUCCGGUCACCGUUUUUGUCGAGUGAGUGGUGCUGAUUUUCUGAGUCUUGCCUUCAUCCAACUUUCAAGCUUUCUUUCUCAACUAGAGACCCUCAUGUUGAAUAUCAAUGGAGAUUAUAGCUGCGCGUUCCCUGUUCCUACAUUACCAAAUCUGAAGCGUUUGGAGCUAAUAGUCCCAGCCGAUGAUCAAUGGGCUCUGAAUAAUUUAACUUCUUUUUUGAAAGCAUCUCCUUCCUUGCAGAGACUUGUACUUACGAUAGCUAGAUAUUCCUUGAAGGGUUAUGAAUUUGCUGAUGAACGUUUGUUGUACGUUUGAUAUGCCUCAGAUUAAUAAAUUGUUUUAUUUGUUGUGCAAGUUGGAAUUCUCACCACCACCAUAAGAGCCAACAGAGAAGUCGCAGUUCUUAACACGCGAGUUAUGGGAGAAGUUGAAAAUCUUACUAUUUGAGCCACUGAAGAUGUUAAAAGCUCCUGAAUGCCCGCAUGGUAACCUCAAGAUAGUAGAAAUAGUAGGGUAUCGUGGUCAUAUAAAUGCUGUUGAGCAUGUCAUGUACUUGAUAGAAAAUGUUGCUGCACUCUAGAAACUUGUUAUUGAUCCUGUAACGCGUUGGUGUUAUCAUCCUACCGGUAUCAAUCGGGAUAUUAAAGAUGUCAAGGAGGAAGGAGAGGUGAGAGAUCAUGCUAUGCACCAACUUAAACAGACGGUUCCAUCAACUGUACAAUUUCUAUGCCUCUCUAGUUAGGGCAGCUAGCUCAACAUGGAACCUAUUCUUUUUCAUUUCCCUUUUCUAAUUA